ACACAGAGAUCUUGAUCAAGAAAACGAGCGUUACGACAUUCUGGAAGUUAACGGAUAAACGCAAUGGGUUUAUUGUCGGAGGGAAGUCCGCUUAAUUGGGAGGAGACGAAAAAACUCUCCGACCAUGUGAGAAAGCACGGGAUCAUACAAUUUAUUAACCUGUACAAAAGGCUCAGAGACAGAGAGGGCGAUGUACUUAAAUGGGGAGACGAGGUGGAAUAUAUAUUGGUGAAGUUUAACGAUUCCGAAAAAACUGCAAAAGUAUCAUUGAGAGCUGAAAAAUAUUUGUCACAAUUGCAAGAAAAGGAACACAAUGAUCCAAGCAAUGUCAAGUCUCUUUGGCGUCCAGAAUACGGAGCUUACAUGAUCGAAGGAACACCAGGAAAACCUUAUGGUGGCCUGCUGGCACAUUUUAACGUGGUUGAAGCAAAUAUGCAAUAUAGAAGACAAGAAGCCACGAAAUUAUUAGAGCCCGGGGAGGUUCUCAUGUCAUUAACCAAUUUUCCAAGAUUAGGAGCUGAUGAUUUCACGGAUCCUCCUGCUUUCCCUGCUCCAUAUUUCGGACCAUCUAGGAGUUUAUUUUUUCCUAAUGAAGCUAUUUUUUCGGGUCAUCCGCGAUUUAAAACAUUAACUAGAAAUAUUAGAAGCCGUAGAGGGGAAAAAGUUGCCAUCAACUUACCAAUUUACAAGGAUAAAAAUAUUAAAUUGCCCUUUAAAGAAGAUUUAGCUACAUUGGGAGACGAUGGAACGAGUGAAAAAGCAGCCAAAGAAAAUCAUGUUUACAUGGAUGCAAUGGGAUUCGGAAUGGGUUGCUGUUGCUUACAACUUACAUUUCAAGCUUGUAAUAUCGAAGAAGCGAGAACUUUAUACGAUCAACUUACACCUCUCUGUCCUAUAAUGCUGGCUCUUACUGCUGCCAGUCCAUUUUAUAGAGGCUACAUAACCGAUGUCGAUUGCCGAUGGAAUGUUAUUUCUUGCUCCGUUGACUGCAGAACUGCAGAAGAACGUGGACUGGAACCGCUUAAAGAAAACAAAUUUCAUAUUAACAAAUCCAGAUAUGAUUCUAUCGAUUCCUAUCUUAGCGAACAAGGGGAUAGAUACAACGAUGUACCACUAAUCUAUGAUGAAAAUAUUUUUAAACAACUAUUGGAUAAUGGAAUCGAUAGAUUACUUUCACAACAUAUCGCUCAUCUAUUUAUUAGAGAUACCGUAUCGCUAUUUUCAGAGAAAGUUCAACAAAAUGAUCUUGAAGAUACAGAUCAUUUUGAGAAUAUUCAAUCGACGAACUGGCAAACAAUGCGAUUUAAACCACCACCAUCAAACUCUUCAAUUGGUUGGAGAGUUGAAUUUCGACCUUGUGAAGUACAAAUUACUGAUUUUGAAAAUGCAGCUAUUGUUUGUUUUGUAGUACUAUUAACACGGGUAAUUUUGAGCUAUAAAUUAAAUCUUUUAAUACCCAUCAGCAAAGUAGAUGAAAACAUGGCAAGAGCACAAAAAAAGGAUGCUGUUAAAUUGGAAAAGUUUUGGUUUAAGCGAGAUAUUACGUGUAAUACGCAGCAAGGAGAUAUUAAAGAUGAAUUUACAGAAUAUUCUAUAGAUGAAAUUGUGAAUGGAAAGGAAGGCACAUUUCCUGGAUUAAUUCCAUUGGUUAACUCUUAUCUUUCGAGUAUGGAUGCAGAUGCUGAUACUCAUUGUACUAUACAAAGAUAUAUUAAACUCAUUCAAAGACGAGCAUCCGGUGAACUUUUGACAACUGCGAGUUGGUUGAGACAGGAAGUAACGAAACAUCCUGAAUACAGGAGAGAUUCAAUAAUAUCACAAAAAAUUAAUUAUGAUUUACUUAAAAAAAUCCAUGAUAUCGAAACAAAUAAAGUAUCAUGCCCCGAAUUACUUGGACCGUGUACAAUUUCCAAAACUUCAGAAACAGUUCCAGUAGCAAUGACUAAGGCUGAAAAUUGUUCUAUUCCACAUUAAAUAGUAUAAUGAUUAAUCAUCAAACCGAAAAAUGUAUUAUUAUAUUUUUAAAUAAUUUUAUU